GGCUCUCGCUGCCGCUGCUGCACCAACCUGGUGGCCAACCUUGCCCCCCCGACCCGAGCGGAUACCUAUACCUACCUACUGUAGUAGUAGGCAGGUACUACCUAGGUAGUGGGCUCGUGGGCUCCCACACGUCGCAUGAAACCUACCUAACCUAAGCUUUCAGCCCGCACGCAUCAAGGCCAACUCAACCUUGAAUUCGCGAUACACUCAACUCCAUCCCCGCCCCUCUCCCGCUCGCCACCCGACGACCUCGAUUUCUUCCACCUCGCAGAGCGCGGCUAAUGUAGCCAAAGAGCAUCUAUUAAUACUGGGUACCACCCAAGCGGCAGACCAGCAUCCAUCGUCAUCCUCUCAUCCUUCUCAUUCCCGUCCUCUUCCACCGCUGCUCGCCCACUCCCCUCCUCGCUUCUUACCGCUUCUUACCUGCUUCAUACAUGUCAACCCCAUCUGCCCACCUUGUGGCGAGCCUUUCCCCGCUCUGCCGCCAUGGACACACCAGACGACGUAGCCAUCAACCCGACCGACGCCGUCCAUGACGCCCGUCCUUUCGAAGCCGUGUCGGUCGGCACGUGCUAUGCACAGACAGCAAACGAACGCUUUGGCCGCGGCGCGAGGGACGUGAUUCGUGAGCGGGAUGGUCAGCAGCAGCAAACGUCCGGUCCCUUGCUUCCGUCCAACUGGCUCGGUGGAAGCGAGUCCAACGCACCAGACGUAGACCUGUACGCCCGCGUGCCCACGAUGCAGCACUUCAGAAACAACCUGACUGCUCUUUCCCAUCUGUACAAUCUUUACUUUGUCGCGUACCAGGGCCAAAUCUUUGUCUACGUGCCCCGGAGCAUUCCCAAGCAGACCAUCCCCUGCGACCCGGGCAUCAAGCUUUCGCCGCCUCAGAGUUUGCUCGGCAGCCGGACCGGCGGCUACCAAGACACUGCGAACCCCCAUACUAUUAAUCACCUGAUUGUUGGCGUGCUCGGCCUCGAGGAAAUAAUCGUUGCCAGCUACGACGAUGGAGACGUUGUCGCCUACUACGCCAAGGAUAUUGCAGACUGCAUUCUCGAUCAGCCUAGACGGCCGUGGGCCGGCAAGACGGCGACGGAUGGCACGAAAACCUGCCCAAAACCCUUCUUCCACGACAAUGUUGGAAAGUCAGCCUGGGGCCUUGCUGUUCACCAGGAAUCUCGUCUCAUCGCCGUCAGCUCUAACAAGUGCGAGGUCACCGUCUUUGCACCCGCCCUCGCUGGCGCCCGGAAACGUGCCAAAGACGGCGCCGACACGUGCUCCAAGUGUAAGGCCGGCACACCAUGUGACAUGAUCGAAACCCAUGUCCGCCAGCGCGCACGGAAUUGGCGAAUUGUUGUCAGGUUCGGCAGACUGGUGGACAACAUGCCUAACAUUGCCUUUGUCGACGACAACAAGGGCUUCGCCGAGCUCAUUUGCGCCGUAGAUAUCAAGGGCGCUGUCUGGUUGGCUCACAUUUGGAAACCGAAACAGGCCGCUGUGCGUCUGGCUCCCUCUCCUUGCAUGACGUCCAGGAGCUCUGACGCUUGGCCCUCCCCCUCCAGGGGCUGGGGUGUUCUACCGCUGGCCACCGCCGACUUCCUCACUGUCAAGUCGUUUGAGAAGCUCCUUGGCAUCUCUGCCCAUCAGGCGAGCGAGUCUUCGCAGAUGGCCUUGAACAUCAUGAGAUGCCUAGAGCGCGUGCCGGAUAACCCAUGCGUACCGCUCAUUCCGCUCCAGCUACCCGGUCCUCCACCCAUGCCCCCCGCAUUUCUCACGAUGCCCAUGGCAGCCCCUGUAGCAGCCCUCGUGCCAUUUAACCCUGCGCUGGUACCACAACAGGCAGAUCCGAGCAGCUCGGAAGAGUCUGAGAGCGAGGCCAGUGGCGAUUCAGAUGCAGGAGGCGUCGUUGCUGCCGUGACUGCCAUGGACAACGUCAGUACCAGUGCCAACGACGGCAACGUCAGCAGCAGCAUCGCAGAACAAUCGGAGAGCGCGGCCAGUGGCGAUGACGUAGGAAGCGCCGUUGCUACCGUGGACGACGACAGUAUCGGAGACAACAGCAGCAGCUCGGGUGUGGAAAACCCUGACGAUGUCUACGAGGUAGGCGCAGACGCAGACGAGGACGAAAACGGCGACAACGACACCCCUGUGUUAACAAUCGAGCCGACUAACGGGACUCAGGCGAUGCUGUUUGGGGAUAUGCCCGAUGAGGUCCUGUGGUUCAGCACACAGAAUGUAGCACCCGAGUCGGUGCCCGGCACCGCUGGCCUGGGGACUUCAUUGAUGACACUGCUCGGAUCGCCCGAUGGCGCCAACAUACUCCUCCCCAGCUUUCAUAAGACGAUACAUGCGCAUCAUAUGAGCAAUGGCAGCGCCUCGGGGGCGUUUGUCAGACGCAGACUCGAAGCCGAGCGCCAGUCUGCGAUGGAACGGCCGGCCUCGGGCCUGGACAUGGUCUACUUUCCACAUACCGGCAAGGCAUGCGCGGCGCCCGCGGACAAGCGGGGACUUCCUGCGCUAUUGGCGCAUGUGACGUUGAGGAACGAUAACAAGGCAGGUGCCGACAAGAUCAGGCGGCUCUUUGGCAAGCGACACCGCCUUCUGCGGCUUCACGAGAAGGAAGUGGAGCUGCGCGACGUGAGGCCGUGGACGACCGAAAAGCAGCCGCACGAGCUGGGCGUGUUUUGCCCCGAGACGCUCACGGUAGGGUCGGUGCUGCCCAGAGCGGCUCGGAACAUGUUUCAGGCGACGAGCAGGCUCAGCAUGGUGGCGCACGUACAGGAGCUGUCCCUGGUGGUGGUGGCAUCGCCAGUGGGACGUGUGCUGCUCCUCACGCCGACAAGGCUGUGCCGCCCGCAGCAACAGCGGACCGGAGAGCUGCGGCACGGGUUCCGCGUGGAGUGGGUGUUGCCGCGUAGGUCGGACGACAAGGUGCACCGGAAGACGAUGCGGCCGCUGCACGGCAUGGCGGUGGGGCCGGUGCCGGGAGCCGGAGCCGACGGCUUGUCGGGCGACGGCGGCGGAAGCCGGAUGCAAGGCCCGCACCGCCGGUAUCGGCUGAUGCUUCACUAUCGCAGCCACGACAUUCUGACAUACGAGAUUAGCCGCGAGGAGCAGACAGGCAGGCUGUGUAUAAUCUGAAGGGGAGCAGAAGAGGCAGGGGUGCAAGAUGCAGAGGGCACGGUGAAGGCGGUUUUGCAUUUGCAGUGGGCAACAUUCGGCGCACAAAGAAAGAUACCCCCAUCAUCACGUCUGUUUGCAUUGUUUUUUGCUUUGAGCACGGGUCCAGCAAGGAUCGUACUGUACUUGGUAUCAUAGGCAGGGGUGGUGCAAGCUGUCAAUGGAGACUGUACGCAGCGAUUUGCACGGCG